GGCACCGGGGAGCCGAGCGCAGCGCAGCGCAGCGCAGCCCCGAGCCCGGCGCGGCCCGGCGAGGCGAGGCGAGGCGAGGCGAGGCGAGGCGGCGCCGCCGAACAAAGGGCUGUGCCCGGCGCCGCGGGCCGGGAAGGAGCCGCCGCGGCCGCACCAUGCCCCCGCCCGGCGCCUGCUGGAUCCUGCUCACCCUGGGCAGCCUGUGCGGGGCCGCGCCCGCCUCCGCGCCCGCGCCCGCCGCCAGACAGGGUUAUUUGAUUGCAGCGCCUUCUGUUUUCCGAUCUGGUUUAGAGGAAGCUAUUAGCGUGACCAUCUUUAACUCAGUCAAGGAAACAACAGUCCAGAUUCAACUCGUGGUCAAAGGAGAAACGGUAGCACGGGCCCAUGGAGCAGUCCUAGAUAAAGGGACAAUCAAGCUUAAGGUGCCUUCAGGGCUUCGUGGACAAGCACAUUUAAAAGUCUGGGGCAACCGGCACCUGACAGAGAGAGGUUACAUUUUUCACAACUAUACCACAGUAACCAUUGAUAGCAAAGGGUCAUCAGUAUUCAUCCAGACUGACAAACCUGUCUACAAACCCAAGCAGAAAGUGCUGAUAAACUUGUUUAUGGUCACUUCUGACCUGAGACCAAUCAAUGACAAGAUUGAAGCAUAUGUAGUGGAUCCUCGGGGAUCUCGCAUGAUAGAAUGGAGCAAUUUGAAGCCAUUUUGUUGUGGCAUUGUAAAUAUGAGUUUCCCCUUGUCUGAUCAACCAGUGUUUGGUGAAUGGUUCAUCUUUGCUGAAAUGCAAGGGCAAACAUACAACAAAUCCUUUGAAGUUCAGAAAUAUGUCCUACCAAAGUUUGAGCUCCUGAUUGACCCACCUCGCUAUAUCCGAGAUCUUACGACUUGUGAAAAGGGGAUUGUUCAUGCUAGAUACACAUUUGGAAAACCAGUGACAGGAAAGUUAACAGUCAAUAUGACUAUAAAUGGAGUGGGGUACUACAGGCAUGAAGUUGGACACCCCGUCCUCAAAACCACUGAGAUUGAUGGUUCUGCUGUUUUCGACAUAUGUGUGAAAGACAUGAUGCCAGCUGAUGUCCCAGAGCACUUUCGAGGCACUGUCAGCAUCUGGGCCACAGUGACUAGCUCUGAUGGAAGCAAGCAGGUCACAUUUGAUGACUCGACACCGGUUCAGAAACAGCUGAUUGACAUCAAGUAUACCAAGGAUACAAGGAAACAGUUCAAACCUGGCUUGCCCUACAAAGGGAAGGUAGAAAUCACUUACCCUGACGGGAGCCCAGCUGGCGGUGUCACAGUCCGAAUCAAAGCUGAGCUAACGCCAAAGGACAACGUUUACACAAGUGAGCUGAUGUCCAGCAAUGGCUUGGUAGAGUUUGAAAUCCCCUCCAUUCCUACAGCUGCCCAAUACGUCUGGCUAGAGACUAAAGUGACAGCAAUUGAUGGAAAACCUGCAGGGGAUCAGUAUCUGCCGAACUACUUGUCUAUAAGCAGCUGGUACUCACCUAGUAAGUGCCACAUCCAGCUCCAAGCACCAAAUAAACCUUUCCAGGUGGGAGAGGAGGCCCGGAUUGGAGUGAAGUCUACAUGCCCUUGUAAUUUCACUCUACACUAUGAAGUGGCAUCGCGAGGUAACAUUGUCCUUUCAGGGCUGCAGCCUAGUAACAUCACCCAGCAAAGGAGCAAAAGAGCCACCUUUGAUAAGAGCAUCCAUGUCACUCAUGUCCCAGGAACAGCACCUACCACCCCCCCUACAGCAGAGGUUGAAGUCUGCAUGACCUUCCUCCAUUUCUCAGUAGCUCAUAACAUGGCUCCUCUGGGCCGUCUACUGGUAUAUUACGUCAGGGAAAAUGGAGAAGGGGUCACAGACAGUCUUCAGUUUGCUGUCAAGUCCUCCUUUGAAAACCAGGUUUCGGUGGCACUUUCAACAAACGAGACCAGGCCUGGUGAUGUCGUGCACAUCAAAGUUAAAGCUGCGACAGGAAGCUGUGUCUGCAUUGCAACCGUGGAUAAGAGCGUCUACCUUCUUAAGACAGGUUUUCAGCUGACCUCUACUCAGGUUUUCCAGGAGCUUGCAGAGUAUGAUGUGUCAGAUGCCUUUGGGACUUCCAAGGAGGAAGGGCACUUCUGGUGGCCAGGCAUGUCUUCACGCAGGCGCCGUCGCUCCUCUGUCUUCCCCUGGCAUUGGGAUAUCACCAAAGAUGCCCGCUUUGCAUUUACGGAAACAGGUUUGGUUGUAAUGACUGACUUGGUCAGUUUAAACCACAGACAGAAUGGAGGCAUGUACACGGAUGAGGCUGUGCCAGCCUUUCAGCCCCACACUGGAACACUGGUAGCUACCAUGCAUUCUAAGAUUGUACCAAGGUCAGAGAAGAAAAAAAGAACAUUCUUCCCUGAAACAUGGAUUUGGCACUGCCUAAACAUCAGUGACACCUCAGGAGAAGCGCAGCUACAUGUGGAAGUGCCUGACUCAAUAACUACGUGGAUAACAGAGGCCGUGGGCCUGUCUGAGGACAAGGGGCUAGGCCUAGCCAAUCAAACAGAACUGAAAACAUUCAAAUCUUUCUUCAUUGAUUUCACCUUGCCCUAUCGUGUCAUUCGUGGGGAGCAGACCAAAAUCCCGCUUACAGUCUACAAUUACCUGGCUGUCUGUGUAGAGGUUCACGUGAAGAUCUCUGUUCCAAAAGGCAUAAAGUUUGUUGGACAUCCAGGUAAACAUCAUCUGACAAGAAAGAAGUGUGUAGCCCCUGGAGAGGCCAAACCCACCUCCAUAGUCUUGUCCUUCAGUGAUCUUGGGUUAAGCAACAUCACAGCAAAAGCCUUUGCUUAUGGUGGAACAAAUUGUUGUCAACAAGGGCUACAAACCUCAAAGAAUGGCAAGCACACAGAGGACAGUUCCAUGGAUACAAGGACCCCAGUCGGGGUAGAUUAUGUUCGUAGCAGUGUAAUAAUUGAGCCAGAAGGACUGUCCAGAGAAUAUACUUACAGCGUGUUCUUCUGUCCUAAUGAGAAAAUUCAUAUUUCUACACCUAACAAAUAUGAAUACCAAUACAUGCAGAAGCCUUCUUGGAUGACACACUUCGACAUUGCUGUGAAAGCUCACAAUAAUGCUCACCUGGCCUUGUCCUCUGGCCCACAUGACAUGGCAGAGAUGACUGAGAUAGUCAUUGGUGGGCAUCAAAAUACAAAAACAUGGAUUUCCGCCAGUAAAAUGGGUGAACCAGUGGUCAGUGUGGACACAGCUGGUAUCCUCUCUUGGGAUGAAUUUCGAAGCUUCUGGAUCAGCUGGAAAAAUGGAAUUAUCCAGGUUGGCCACGGUACUCAGAUGCUAAAUGAAUCUAUUAUAGUGGAGUGGGCCGUCCCGAAACAGCCCGAGGUGAAGUACAUUGGAUUCUCCACAGGCUGGGGAUCAAUGGGAGAGUUUAAAAUCUGGAGAAAAGAAGAGUCUGAUGAAAAUCACAAUGAAGCAUUUACUUUGGGAGUUCCCCACAAUGUGAUUCCAGGAUCGGAAAGAGCUACCGCCUCAAUAAUAGGAGAUGUAAUGGGCCCAACGCUGAACAAUUUGGACAAUCUUCUGCGAUUACCGUUUGGAUGUGGGGAACAGAACAUGAUCCAUUUUGCUCCGAAUGUUUUUGUUCUAAAAUAUCUGCAGAAAACUAAACAACUCAGCCCUGAGGUGGAGUGUGAAGCCACAGAUUACCUGGUUCAAGGUUACCAGCGCCAGUUGACCUAUAAAAGACAAGAUGGUUCAUAUAGCGCUUUUGGCGAGAGGGAUUCCUCAGGAAGUAUGUGGCUAACUGCAUUUGUCCUCAAGUCCUUUGCACAGUCCCGUGGGUUUAUUUUCAUUGAUCCCAAGGAACUGACAGCUGCAAAAGAUUGGAUCAUCCAGCACCAGAAGGAAGAUGGAUCCUUCCCUGCAAUGGGCAGAAUAUUAAAUAAGGAUAUCCAGGGCGGAGUCCAUGGCAAGAUCUCACUGACAGCCUACGUAGUUGCAUCUCUGUUGGAGACGGGCGUGACUUCAGAGGAAGAAAAAGCAGCAGUUGCUAAAGCCAAACACUUCUUGGAGUCCAACUUAUAUUCUGCAGAAGACCCCUACACCACAGCCCUGACUGCAUACGCCCUGACUCUGCUGCACAGUCCCUCUGCUUCUGUGACUCUGAGGAAAAUGAACAGCAUGGCCAUUAUGCAAGAUGGUUUUACACACUGGAGUUUAACGGGAACUCUGUCUACUGAUGAAGAUACGUUCAUGGGAUUUAACGAUGGGCUUUCUCAGUCAGUUGUGUCUGCAGAGGUGGAAAUGACAGCCUAUGCACUGCUGACAUAUACACUCUUAGGAGAUGUGGCCUCUGCACUUCCAGUGGUUAAAUGGCUGUCACAGCAGAGAAAUGCCCUGGGAGGAUUCUCAUCCACUCAGGAUACGUGUGUAGCCCUGCAGGCUCUGGCUGAAUAUGCCAUUCUUUCUUAUGUUGGAGGAGUAAACCUUACCAUUUCCCUGGCUUCCACUAAUUUAGACUAUCAAGAGACAUUUGAGCUUAACAAGAUAAAUAAGAAAGUCCUUCAGACAGCUGUGAUCCCCAGCAUUCCCACAGGGCUGUUUGUGAGUGCCAAGGGUGAAGGCUGCUGUCUGAUGCAGAUUGAUGUCACAUACAAUGUACCUGACCCCGUUGCUAAACCAGCUUUUCAGCUGCUGGUUAACCUGAAAGAGCCCAAGUCAGAGCAUCACCAGCAAGCUCAGCACCCCCUGCAGCCUCUCUCUCCAGAGGAGAAUCGCUCUGAAUCCUCCCACAGGGAACGGGCUUUGGUGGAUGACGAUGACCCAGCUUCUGAUCAGGAUCACCAAGAGUACAAAGUGAUCCUAGAGACAUGCACUAGGUGGCUGCACUCUGGAUCCUCAAACAUGGCCGUCCUGGAGGUGCCCUUGUUCUCGGGGUUCCGGGCAGAUAUGGAGAGUCUGGAGCAGUUAUUAAUGAACAAGCAAAUUGGAUUAAAAAGAUAUGAAGUUGAUGGAAGAAAAGUUCUCUUUUAUUUUGACGAGAUUCCUAGCCAGUGCAUGACCUGUGUAAAGUUUCAAGCCUUCAGAGAGUAUAUAGUUGGGAAAACAGCCCCUGUUCCCAUCAAAGUGUAUGAUUACUAUGAGCCAGCAUUUGAAGCAACUCGUUUCUACAAUGUGAGCGAAAACAGCCCCCUUGCUCGUGAGCUGUGUGAUGGGCCAACAUGCAAUGAGGUGGAAAGUUCAGCUAGUCAGUGGGUUGGUUUUGUUCACUCUGGGCCAUGCAACAACAUUUUCGGCUGCCUGGAAGAUGAAUAUUUUGAGCAGUGUAUGUGCUCUAGAGACUGUGGCUAUGAUGGGGAGCCGGUGUGUGGGUCUGACGGGCUGAUGUAUCAGAACCAUUGCCAAAUGGAGGUAGCAUCCUGCAGGAAUAAUACAAGGAUAGAACAAAUUCCUAUGUCUCAGUGUUCUGCCUCCAAGAGUUUACCAGAAGAGAGGGAGAAUCCUUUCCACACUGUUGACCAGCCCAGUGUUCAGCAAACGCAAGCAGAAGAAGGCCCCGUGAUCCAGUCGGACCUGUCCUACUACUCCUACGAGUACGACCCCGACCCCUAUGUCUCUGAAGCGGAUGUCUUUGAGAUGGCAGCGGAGCUGACAACACCCAGCAGUGCCCCGAGGGAAGGGGACAGAAUUCAGGGAGUGGUGACCACAGCAGAAUGAAAUGUAUAAUUUAAAAUAAAAAGAAGAAGCUCAGAAACAACUCCUGUACGAGUUUGUUCCUACAGAUGACCUGCUGCAGAACAGAAACCAAAUGACGACUACUUUCUGAUGCUCUCAGAACUGUAGGCCUCGCCUCCCCGUGGGGUGGCAGGAGCUCCUUGGGGGCACUCAGCAUUAUUUUUUCUGACAAUUUUCCUGCCUUUUGUUCACCCUAUUAGGAGUCUUUCCAAGGAUGAGAGACCAAUAUGCUGUCCCUGUAGGUGGGAACAGGGGUGGGAAUUCAGACCCCCUAGACCACUUCAGAGUGUUUUGUAUGGUACAAGGAUUUCACAAACACCAUUUCCUAGCUACACAAAGAAGCCAAGUCCAGGCCCCUGUGUCCGGCUGAGUUGCUUCUUGGGAAGAGGUGGCUGAGGAGCUUUCUUUCAAGUUACAGUAAUAAAAAGCAAUGUGUUUUGCUUACUGUGCCAUAGCUAGAGGUUAAUGCUGCCUCCAGCCUUAAUGUCCCACUGCACUAGCAGCAUGUUGCCCUCCUGGGAACGACUUCCCUAACACCUCCAUGCUCAUUGGACUUGGCAAGGAGACAGUCCUCCAAGAGAAAAAUUAAAUCACCUGAGAACUCCACAAGGGGUAAAAGUCUGACAGUCCUGGGCAUGGCUGCAGGCUCUGCCUGGGAAGAGUGCCAGUGAUAGCAGGGAUGAGGGGCCGGCAGGUGAACUCCAUUUAUGUUGGAGCAGGUUCUGCCAAGUGCAGCCUGCAGCCUCCUGGCCUCUGCCCCCUGGUCUCUCUCUCUCUCUCUCUCUGUAACCCCAGCAUGAGAAUAAAUUUGACCUGAGGCAGUGUCAUGCUUAGUGCUUGCCUGAUUUUACCAGCCAUUUCUGUUCUGCUCCCAGCAGGACCCCAGUACUCUGUGUAUUCACGGCCUUUGUGGCCCUUGGGCUGCCACCAGUGCAGAACCCUCCUCAGUGUCAGAGGCUGGGCUCUUAUAGGGUAACUUGACCUGAGCAUGAGAGUUUGAGUCUAAUCGACAAAUGGUUCAAUGUAAAGAAAAGCAGAGGCUGUACAUUCCUGAAACGUUUUGGGUGUCUCCUUUGCUGGCACCAGGAGCAACAUCAUUCCAAUUACUCCGUGGAGGAGGUAUACACAGCUGCCUGCCGCAAAAUAACCAGGAUGUUUCAUCCUUCCACCUCCACUGUUGCCAGAGCCCAGAACAAACUGGAAACCUUCUCGGGAGUGUUUGUUCAUGAAAGAAAACAGAAGAAAGCCUGAUUCAUAUUGUUUAUAGGGCUCCCCAGAAUGCAGAUUACUUUAUUGCCAAACAGUGCCCACAUGAAGACAAAGGGGAGCGAGUUUGGCCUUCCGCUCCUUUUCCUCUCUAAAAACAUUUUCCAGGUGCUGACUUCAGUCAGUGUGCUGAGCAGGGACCAGGUCCUUGGACUGGGUCUGUGGCUGGGAAGAGAGUUGGAGUUGGGGCUUCCAGUGUCAGUCUCUUAGACUUCAGCUUUCAGAUUCCCAGACAUAGGUGACAGUGGAAGGCAGCAGGUCACAGCCCAGCCCUGAGAUUCCAGUAAAUUCAGAAUGGCUCUGCUGGCUAAUAUUUUAAUUGCUGCUUCCCCUGCUGCUCAGAGGUCUUCUUUCAGACUCUUAACAUGGCUGCACCCAUCUGUACCCGCUGCUUCUCAGCAGAGAUUUUUGCCACGUCUCUUCAGUGUGCAAGAGCAGACCACAUCCCAGCCAUGUCCCCACAGUGCAGUGGAAAUGCCAGCGGCUGCAUUCCUGCCUAGCAGGUAAAUAAAUGUCUUUAAACUAAAUUCAGUCUCUGAAAGCAACUGGCCUGGCAGGCCCUUACUAGUGUAUACACACAGCAGCCUGCAUCAAUAUUUAUCUCCUAGUUUAACGACAGGCUGGGGGCAAGCUGCAGUAAGAGGCAGCCUUUUAAAAAAAAAACCCAUCAAGCUGCACAGUGUAAGCUGUGCUGUUUCCUGGCACCACCUUCAGCACUAUUUAGUGCUUGAAGUCUAGGAGAGGGAGAUGCAAAGAGUCUCCUCAUUAUCUUGGCCUCUCAUUGUCAUUAGAGAUGGGCGCUCUGUUCCGUGUCCCUGAGCUAGGGCUACUUGGACCCUUGCGGAUGGGAGCCCUCAUCCCAGAGUCCCCUUCCCUCCCUGUCUCCCUUGUAGAAAGGUGCCACUGCCAGGACAUGCUCCUCCUGGUGGACACCUUGCCCUGGACUAUUCAAGCCAUCAUUGCCUCUGCACAAGAGAGCGGAGAGGGAAGAAUCCCCUGUGUGGACAGGGCCCACAUGACUUCAGUGGGACCCUGUUAAAUGUAAAAUAUUUGUUUAAGAUGCAGAAGCCUGCCCAGUGCCUCCCCAGGGAGAGGACAGGUUCUUCUGGCAGUGCCUGCUAAUACCUAGCCUAUCACGAGCAGCCCCCACAUGUGGGGUUCAGUCCGGCCAACACGUGUGCCAGCCUGAGGCAGGAAGGGAAGUGCUAUUUCCUGUUUGCCAUGAGAAGAACAAGCAUAGAGAGGCUGAAACUCCCCAUCAGCCUGUUGUAGCUUUGGGAUUAGCACUAGGGUCUCUUGCCUACCAGUUCUUGGUUCCAACCACCAGCCAGUGCUGCCUCCUGCAUUUGAGGAGCUGUCCUGGAGGUCGCCGUCCCUGGGCCAGGCACCUGCCAGAUACCUGCCUAGGCCAGGGGAGACCCUUGAGUGACCUCUCCCAUGUCAAGCACUUCCAGACCAGUCAGUGCUGCCCAGCUGCUGUCCUGUCCCAAGGCAAAGCUUCCUUUUCUCCUGGGGACAGGCUGGCAGCCUCUGCAGCCCGUGCAAGCCAGCUUCUGUCUGGAGCUAAACAACAAACUGUUUGGUUCAAGAAUUGAGGGCAGGAGCCUGCAGUUAGUGUUGCAGCUGCCCAUUCCCCAUCAGUGCAAGGUGGAGCAGGAAGCCUCUAGAGCCCUUGAGGUACUGCCUGGAGCAGCUGCAGCAGUGCAGUCUGUAUAUGCCCCAGUGCAGUCCCAGCUGUCCUGUGCGGCCACUCUCUCCCUUCACGGCGCUGCUUGUUCCUCUGGCUGUCAUCAGCACUAGGUCCCUUAAAAGAAAAUUAAGCUUUUGGCCUCCCUCCGCUUUCCAGAGACCUGGUUCUGGUGUGCAAGCCAUCCAGGGCAGGUCAGCAAUCUUUUAGGGAUGGGCUGCUGCUUGUGACCUGACUGCUGCCACAGGCUGCUGCAGCCCCAUGUCAGCCACGUGCCACUGACUCCUGUCCCCAGUGGCACUGGGGAACAGGAACUUGGCAGCAACAAUGAGCGGCACAUGCAGUAGAGGGCAAGGGAAGUGGCAAAAAUGGGCACUGUGGGGUGGGAGGAGGGGAUCAUGGCACUGUGUGGGACAAAGGGGAGAUGUGUUUGACUGAGCUGCCCCCCUGGUGCCACAGGCUGCAUCCAGUAGUAUAUCCAAGGGGGGAGACCAGGGCAAGAGCCCCACGCAAUUGGCCAGGGAAGUGGGGGAACAAAAAUGCAUCAGCUGGCUGCCAGCCCAGCAGCUGACACUGUCCCUUGUGCCACUGCCGCCCAGAGCACUCAGGUCUCCAGUUAUGCUGCAGGCCCUAUCCAGGCACUUUGCAGGCUGGAUCUGGCCCCCGGGCCAUACAUUGCCAAUCCUUGAUCUCAGAAUAUUUCCUCUGGGAGCCUUGAGUGGUGCCUUCCUAUUCUAGGUUGUUUGUAGACUUCUACCCAGUUCUGACUCUGGAGCUCAUCCGAGUCCCUGCAAGGGCUCUGAGGUCAAAGCACUGCGAUCCAAGGGCUCCUGCUUCGGGAGGAUCAACUUCAGAAUGCUUGUUUUAGGGAGAUAGAGUCGUCUUUUCUCCCAGGACGGUAGCUGCAAGGUGGCAGGGACAGCUCUGCUGUUGGGUUUACCUUGGGCUUUGGGUUGUUUCCAGUUUGGAAACAUUUGUCUUACUUUCCUAGAGAUGGUCUUCGCCUAUCCCCUCUCUGAUGGUCACUCAUUGCAAAGGGGAGAGAAACACCAGUGGGCUUGAGAGAUACAGGAGCUUCUGUUUAUAACAAGUUACUUUACUAACUAGACUUGAUAGCUCUCUCUAGUUACCAGUGAUUGUUGCUUGUAAUCCCUCCAAUGAAAUUUGUAUUUAUAUUUGUAACUGUACAUGGAUAUUAUCUGGAGUAAUCAUUACCGUGGUAUUUAUUUUGAAGCAAUAGUUCUGUGUCCUUUGUUGUCCAAAUGUUUUGGUCCUGGCCCCUCUUCUGCAUUAUCGUCAGUAGAUGACAGACUCAGCUAACUUAAAGGGUGAAGUUGAAAGCCGCAGUGCUUGCUUUGCGGCCAUUGGCUGGUUUAUACACGAUACCCUGGAUCUCAUGAUUGUGCAGAAGUCAUCUGUUCAGAUGCACAUCUCUGUUGAUUUAAACCUUCUGCUCAGUUCUGGUUUGUCCCAUUUGCUGCUUUUGACCAUGGGACAAAAGCCCUGGCUCUCAGCCUAACUCUGCCAUGUCUCUUCUGCAUUCAGCGGCUGGCAUAUUCUCAGCGCUUGCAGUAUUGCACCCAUAGGAGACAGGCACUGGUUUUUCACUGGGAAUAUUUUUAAUAACAAAGGAAAACAAAAUCCACCAGCAUUGUUACAUGACCAUUUUUGUUUUGUUCACACAAAUCUUAGUGAGUCUGAAUCCAGAAAAACAUUUGUUUUAGGUACUGAUGAAUAUUUUAUUAAAAACUGAUUUCUAAAAUAA